UAGUCUACAAGAAUCGUUGCUAAAAAAUUUACACAGGUAAAAGCACAAGACAAUGUAAGAGGAAGAGAGGGAGAGGGAGAAAGAGGGAGAAAGAUUUGGUAAGUGUAGUGAGAGUGAGAAAGGAAAAUCAAUUUAUGUGAAUCACUGAAUACAAGAAGAUGAAGAAAAUAGCAGGGGAGAAGAAGAUGAGAAAUCGUUAAUUAUGAUAAAAGCACAAUAAUAUUGUGAUUAUGAUGAUAGAGAGGGAGAGAGUGAGAGAGUGAGAGAGACGAAAGAAAAGAAGAAAAAAAAUCGAGACAAAGAUAAAAGAGAUACACAGAGGGAGAGAGAGGGAGAAAUGAAUUUUCAUCAAUCAGUCAUAAGAAAACUUACAAUUUUCUUUUCUCUGUUUCUCUUUUUCUUUUCUCAUCAAACAAUAUGGAUAAAAAUGAUGUUGAUACCUUCGUAAUUGAUGUCAAUCAAAAAAUCAAUCAGCAAUUAACGAAAAGAGAGAAAAGCUAAAAAUUAAAUGAAACGUAAAGAAGAGAAAUCAUAACCCAGACGAAGAGAAAAAAAAAUUUCUAUUCUAACAUAAGUUUUCGUAGAAAUAGAUUGGCUAUUUUAAGAGAAGAAACAGACAAGGGGGAAUAAUUUGUUCCCUUUUCGGUUUUCUUUCUGUCUAGACUUUUGAUGUAGACAGAAGGAGACAGAUAAUAUCUCUCUCGCUCUUCUUUUUUUUAUCAUCUUCUCUCUCUCUCUCUCUUUCCCUUUCUCUCUCCUGUUUUUUUUCUUCUCCUUCUUGUGCUUCAUCAUUUCAUUUCUCGUCGUCCUCAUCAACAACAACAUCAAAGCGACGACGACAGAGUAACAACAAUAUACUAACAUCUCUCGUCUCUUUCACUGCUUUUGAUAUUUAUUUACUUCUUUUGCUUCUGUUGAUCAUCAUCACCAUCGCCAUCAUCAGUUUUCAAUAGCUUUCAACAGCUAUAACCAUUUUUCCAUCAAUGUUUUCAUUAGUUUCAUGAAUUGGUUCUGUUUUUCUAUUCUAUUUUUCUUCCAUCUCUCUCUCUCUCUCACUCUAAUCAACCUUUUAACACGUUCAUCAUUUUUUACAUAUGUUCACUCUACUCUGUUCAUCGAUGGUCAAAUCAUUGGACUCUUUGACAACCAUAAUAACUACUACAACAUCAAGGAGUAACAGUAGUAGUAGUAUUGUAAAGGAAAGAUCAUCAACAACUGAAUCAUCAUCAUCAUAUCCAGAAUCCGAGAUUUCAUCUUCACAUUGGUGUAUCCUUGCUUAUUGGGAAUUAAAAUCACGAGUUGGUCGUUUAUUUCCUGUUUCCAAUGAACGUAUUGAUAUUUUUAACGAUUGUCCAAAAGGGAAUGGCCUUUAUCUAGGAUAUUUUCCGCUCCAUCAUAUUGAUCAUAAUAGUGGUAAAAUUGGUAAAACACGAGCCAAAAUUGGUAAUGGUAUAAGAAUAAUUCGAAAAGGUUCAUCGGUUUACGUUUAUAACAGAUCUGAUUAUCCAAUAUUCCUCAAUUCGGCGACCUUAUGUCCACCAAAUUCUCGUCGUCCAACAAUAUUUAAAAUUCUACCUGGUUACUCGAUCAAAGCAUUCGAUUAUGAUGUUGCCCUCAAGAACACUCUCUAUCCCUUUAGAUCUGAGAAAGAUGGUCCCAUUGACCUGUAUUCCAUUAGGAUAAGUUUUGUCAAAGGAUGGGGACCAAAUUAUUCUAGACAAACGAUAACAUCAUGUCCAUGCUGGUUAGAAGUACUAUUUAUGCAUAGAUGAGGGUAUAAAUAUCUAGAUCAUCAUUUCAACUCAUACCAAUCUCAACAUGAUCAAUAUAAACACCGUCAUCAUCACCAUCAUAUAUACAUAAUCAACAACAACAACAACAACAUCUACAAAUGAGACCAGGAUAAAGCCAGGAAAGCGAAAGAAUUGAUUGAUAGAUUGUUCAAUUAACCUGGAGAAAAAGUGAGAGAGAGAGAGAGGACGAAAGCAAAAGAAAUGAACAAAAGAAAGACAAGAAAAAAAAGAUUAACAGAUUAAUAGAUUGAUUAAUUUAACCGGAAAAUCUAUCACACAUCAACAAUAUCAAUCGUCUACUUUGUGAAUACAUAAGUUAUAAAAUAUUGGUGUCAAACUCAUUUUAUUUGACUGUAUAAAUAUUGUACAUACACACACACACACUCUAAACAUACAAAUAUAUAUACAUAAAAAUACAA